GCUCGCUCGCUCGGAGCUGGUGGGCCGCGACGACGGUGGUGCCGCCGGUGCGGGUCGGGCGCGCAGAGAGAAGCUCGCCGCCGCGGAGUGUGAAUGUGAGAGAGAGAGCGCGCGUGUGAGGAAGGAAGGAGAGAGGGUUCAGCCUUGGGACAGCCAGAGAGAGCAAGAGCAAAAGCUAGGAUGGCAGCAGCAUGAGCCGCAGCAAUGGGCUCGUCGUGAAAUUGUCGUCGUCGUCGUCGUCGUCGUCGUGUGCUGCAGCAGCGGGUGCGUCGUCGUCGCCGUCGCCGUCGUCGUCGUCGGCGGCGGUGUUGGGACUGUUGUGCGCGCUGGUGGUCGGCGGCGGCGGCGGAUGCUCGCCUAGCUGCCGCCGGGUGGACGCGUGCAGCGGCGGCGGCGGACCGGCGGCCGAGCGGCAGCAGCAACUGCGGCACCAGCAGCGGAGGCGGCGUCGGUUGUUGUUGCUGCUGCAGCAGCGGCGGCGGCGGAGCAAUGCGUCGACCAGCCGGCGGCGGCAGCAUCACCUUUCGCCGCCGCGCCGCACACGCCUGCCGCAGGGCUGCGGCCCCCGGCGGAGCGUGCCGCCGCCCCCGCCCCCGCCGCGGGGGCGGCGUCGGCUCGCCGCCGCCACCGCCGACGGUGCCGACGGAGCCAGCAGCCCGGAUUUUCGCCGUGCCGCCGUUCGCCUGCCUUUUUUCCACCGGGCCCCGCGGGGGCCACCGCCGGGUACCCGCCGGCCCUAAGCAGGGCCAUGCCCCUGCACCGGCGGCUGCUGCUGCUGGCCGCCUCCCUGCUGCUGCUGCUGACGCUGGUGGCCGGCCCGGCCGACGGGGCCCACCCGGCGGGGCCCCCGGCUAACCGCUCUGCCUCGUGGUGGCCGCUGACCCUGCCCCAGGAGCUGCUCAACAGCAACAUGGGCACCACGCAGCAACAGAUCAUCGGCGUGCCGCCAUCUUGGGGCCUCGGCUGCCCGACGCCGGGCAGCAUGCCGCCCGCCCGCGACCCCAGGCCGCCGCCCCAAGGGAAGAACGCCACCGCCACCGCCAACACCUCCAUCGACGCCGCCGCCAACCAACAUGACCAGCCGUACCACAUGUGUCCGCGGGCCUGUAUGAUGGAAACUAUCCGUAAGAACGACUCGAAUCCGUCGACCCAGUCCGCCAACACCACCAACAACGGGCGAGAGUCAACAAGUCAACAUUCUCCGGAGUUAAGCCAGUGCCUUCAUUAUUUAAAGCCAAGUGUUUUUGAGACUUUGUGUGAAAAAGACUACCAGAGUAUUUACCAAUUUCGAGACAAGGUUUCAAAUUUGCGACUUCCGUUUUGUUGCGAGCACUCUGUCGAAAGUGUGCUGAUGGCCGGUCUUGAAGAAGAAUAUGCUGCUGAUAUGCGCAACCAACAACAACAAAAUACUAUUGACAAACUUGAAAACCACAAUAAUACUAGGAGUAAUGAAAAUAAUAAAACAGAGGUGCCUGUAAGUCGUUUGUUACGUACUUUUGAGUGUAAUCGCCACCUUGAGGCUCUUCUAUCUUUGGAUCGGCUUGCAAGAAAGGCUACACAUCUUUUUGAUGCUGUUCUACAACGUUAUGACUGUGGCCAGACUUAUUCAGUACAUUUCAAGUGCGACGAUUGUAAGGAUGCGUAUCGGCGUUGGGUGUGCGCGUCCCUGUUGCCUUAUCACGAGCCACGUGAACCAGCCUCGACGUCGGCGCCAAGCCCGGCCACGGACAACGGCAAGCCGGUCGGGCAGCCUGAAAGGCCGAACCCGAGUCGUCGGAACGCGUGGCGAAAAGUGCGCCCGUGUCGUGAUGUGUGCCAGCAAGUGGAGCAGCGGUGCCCCUUCUUUCUGCCGGGGGACCGUGCGCCAGGAUACACCACACAGUACGCGGGUGAACCCACCUUCCUGUGCCUCGAUCCCAACAUUCCUGAGACGGGAGAGCAACUAGAGCGUUCAUCCUACGGCCGUGAGGAUUGCUGCUUCCGGUACUGUGAUACUACCGACAGCAUCGCUCACUAUCAGAGGACGCGGGCCAACCAAAGCCGUAACUUCGACGUGUGCCCGACGACCGCGUGCGACACUAGCGCAUUCAGCGUACAGGCACGCUCCACUCUUCUCCAGGCCGAGAACAGUGCAGCCACGCGGACAAGCAGACGUGUUCUUCUCAGCACCACAGCAGCCACAACCGCCACCUCCACCUCCCAUUCCCCCCACCGACACCCCCCGCCGUCUAUGUUGUUGGCCCCCGAGCCCCUUAGUCUUAAGAGUCACCAUAGCUGGAAGCAGGCGCCGCAGCAUCAACACUCCUCUUCUCAGCAGCAGCUGCAGCCGCGUCAGAAUAAAAAUGAAGUCGUCGUUGUUGACACACGCAGAGGGCAGGACGAGGUGCCGUCGUCGGACAGUGACAACGCCGGUCGGCACGUGCGGGACGCUGCCGGCGACAGUGCUGCCAACCGCGGCGGUGGCGUCCGGACCCCCUCGUUUCACAUACACUCUUGGACUAUUAGGCAAGUGCGGCGUGCCAGCGGUGGUGCGACAGUGGCGCUGCCACUCGCGAGUGAUCCCACUACAAAUAUUUUCAGUGAUAAUAGAUUACCCGUAUUAUGGCGGAGAUGGUGGUCAUCUAUUUUUACUAAAAUAUUCGCAACUGCCGAGCUGAUCGCCGCCCUGUUGCCGUAUGUGUUGUUAUUUUUACUCGUCCAGAAGAGAGCGGUGGAGGGAUAUCUCUAGCUAAUACUACAGGGGAGGCGGUAUAUUGCAUCCUGGCCGCGCACGCCCCUGCGCGGCAGCCGUCCAGGGGCGGGCGCGGCAGGCCGGACGCCGGCUGUCCCCCGCCAAGGGGCUCUGCCCUGCUCGGCCGCCACGAAGGCCACUUCUGGCUAGUUUUAUAGCUGGAAGAGCCCAGGCCACGCGCACAGUGAGUGAGCGUCUGUCCCCAACACGAUUUGAUCCGACCAAUGGCCGCGAGCUCGCCACUUUUUCCGUUGACCACUAUUUCGCGAAGUUCCAGUCAGGGCGACAAUUCCAUAUAGGUUGAAAACCCAUCCAAGCGUCAAGUUCGAAGUUUAAACUCACUGCGACCGUGCAGAAUCGCUUUUUUGUCGAUAUUUUCAACUCGAAAUUAGCGAGCCAGGCCCGUAACACAACGCCACUCCGCUAAAGGCCCCGCGGGGCCGCGCGCCUUUGACCCGCACUCACUGGAAAUGCGAGAGCAGCAAGCAGAGCAAAGCACGGCAGACCCGCGGUCUGGAGCCAAUAUGCAGCCUCCUCUUGUGCAUACUGCAGUAUGAUACUAGAUAACGUCAUAGUUACAAGUGUAAAAUAUUAAAAGCAUAAAAAUACUGUCCUGUGAUUAGAAAUAAUUCAGACACGACACUGCAUUCGCGCGUUUAUUGAUUAAUUCUUUUUGAUUAUAUAAAAACAGUUUCAAUGCAAAACGAAAACACACGUACAGCCAGACGAACAACUAAACCCCGGUUUGAAGACCACAAUCACAUACACUUACUCACACAGAGACAAACAAAAAUAAUAUCUCGAAAUUCGCUGUAAGAUGGGGCCGUCGCCGCGCCCCACCGAUCGAUGCCCCAGGGGCCCCAGAGCCCCCACCGGCUCCAUAAUCACCUGUUGCUCACGAAAAAUAAAACUAAAUACUUUGCAUAUAUAUUGAGAAAACGAAAAACCUUCGCAAGUUGAUUUGUGAAAUCAAAAAAGACGAGCGUAAAAUCAAGAGAAGCCCCGCGAUUGUUUGAAUAUCAAGUUAAAAAUGAAGGAACAUCACAGUCACAUAACACACUCCCACACACACACACACACACACAAGCAGAGAAUUGAUUGAAAUAAAUUUUUAUAUAAUUAAAAAGCAUGAAAAGUUGAAAAAAAGAAGCAAAAACAAUUUGAUGGACAGUGAAGCGUAAAUGUGUUUUUUAAAAGAACACGUACUGUUUUUAAUAGCAGCAGGAGUUGACUUAAAAAAGAUGCAAAAAAUGAAAGUGUUUAAAAAGAAAUAAGAGAAAAUCCAGUUUAUCAAAGAAAAAACACACACGGAAAAUCACACACGACAAAAUACAAACACACACGACACACUCUCUUUCUCUCACCACCAAACUCCGUAAAAAUGCAAAGAAAAAGAUUAUAAAAUGGAAAUUCUUCUCACUUGAUUUAGUUGAAGUUGAUGUUCUAGAAAGAAUAUUUAAAGAGGAAAAUAUUAAUAAUUAAAAAAAAGAGAACGUAUUGUGUCUGCAAAGUAAAUGAAAGUAUAUUUAGUCCUCACUUCUAGCAAUUUACUCUACUUCAGCAGCAAGAAAAUAUGGAGCAACCGAAAUGUAAGCGCGUCCACCAUUUCUCUCACUACGCAUUCUCAGCAUAAAAGUAAAAAAUAAAUCGCGGAGAUGAACGGAAAAGGAACAGAAGUUGUGUAUUUUCACCAAGGGCACUGCUCGAGUAGAAACGAACAAAUUUAUGAAAGGGGAGGGCAGUCUGCACCUGGAAGGGAGUGCCUAAUUGCCGAUUGGGUGCUAAUCAUAGCCAUCUUGGAUUUUAUGAUCACACCCAUUGAAAGCAUUUAUUUUUCAGUUACCUGACCGAUACAGAAAAUUUUAUUUUAAACCCAGGAUGUUAAUUAAUUUUAUCGGCUUGGUGGAAAAUGAAUUCGACCAGCAUUUGAUUGCCGAAAAUAUCCCAGAGGUGCUACUCAUAAAUACAUAUUGUUAAAAAAAAUAAACAGGCACUCGGAAUUGCAGCCAUUCUGAUCGAUCACUGCCCUUGUCUUCGAUAUAUGCAUAAUUUGCUUCCGUUUCUUUCCACUCACACACACUCACAUGCUGCAAAACAAUUAGAGGAUGUGAAAAGAGCGGCCGUCCGCAAAAUAUUUUUAUCACACGCACCCGCUGAGGAAAUUAAACUAUAACCACAAAGGUAACGACGGAUGCGAAUUUUUAAAAGUACGAUCGGGUAUAAUCAUUAAGUAAAAUGAAAAUCUGGUGUUGAAAACAAAAAGAAAGCACUCACACGCAAACACACACACACACAAACACACGUAUAGAAUUAAAAAACUGAUCACAAAAGUUACGGGAUGGUGUGAAAUGAAAACCUAAGGAAAAGAAUCAAACGAAAUCGUUGUUUUUCAUGCAAGAAUUCUGUUAUUGAUGAUGAGAGUAUAUUAUAUUAUGAAUUGAAAAAGGGAAAUAGAGAAGACCUUUAUUUAUAUAGACAUUGUUGUGUCCUAAAUUGUAUUGAUCAUAUAGUUUUUUAUAGGAUGUACAUGGUAAAACAAAACAAAACAAAAAACCGACACAAGAAUCUCACAACGUGCUUGGAUGGUGCAAUAUACACAUUAUUAUCUGAUAACGCAGCAAACAAGCCUGUUUUACCGUUGAUUUUGCACAAAAGCACAUACACACACACAGAGUGAAUCGGAUCAAUACGAAGCAGAUGCCCGGGUCGAAAACUUGUGUUAUAUUAUGUAUUCGUGCAUGAAAAGUGAGAAAAGCGCUUGUUGAUUUUUUGCACUGUCGUGUUGAUUUGAUGAUUGUGAGCGAGCAAGAAAGAAAGAGAGUCGUUAUAAUUCUAAUAAAUUAUUAUUACAAACAUGCCUGUUACACCAAAAACAACUUUUUGUGGUAAAUGUUGAAAUGAAGAAAAUGCUGAAUAAUAAUAAUAAUGUUGAGAAAGAUCUGUUCUUUAUAUACACUGCAUUCUCUUUUGGGUCACACGAAAGGAAUUUGCGCCAGUUCAUCCUCCCAGUCCGUUGAUUUAUUCUAAACCUACCGAAACGUUUGGUGAGCGUCCAUAGCUUUUGUGUGCUUGUUGAGCGGUUGGAUUUCAGCAAAUUCAGUUCCGGAAAGUUAAAGGCGUUUAAAAUCAGACCUUAGAGUUGAUCGAAACCACCUCCAGUAAUCGGAAAAAAGCGCCUUAGAGACUACCAAGAACAGUUUUGUUGGUCUCUUAAAGUUGUUGAUUUUAAAUGCCUUUUGAUAUCGAUGUUGAGCAUGAAAUUCGAUUUAAUUGUGCGCGUCUCCAUAGCUAAAGUGUGCGUAAAAGAUUAGCUGUCGGUUCGUUUUUUCACUGAAUGCUUUUUUCACGUAAGAACAAUGAGGGGAAAUCACGUGUCUGCCACUGGAUCCGGUUUUUGUGCCGCGCACGCACGAGGAAAUGCCAACAAAAGACUGCAUGCCUAAAACCACACACAAACACAGAGAGAAAAUUAAUUGAAUACAAAACAAACAAACAAACAAACAAACAAAAAACACGAUGAUGCACUCGAGUACACGAAAAUAAAUAAAAGCUAAACGACGAAAAUGUUUUGCGGAAUGAAGAGGAACCCACGCAGAAUAUGGGAGGACCUAAGGAGUGUGAAAUGUCAAACGGAAAUGUAUUGUCAAAUGUUCAACAAAACCAGACAAUUGUGUAAAUACAAAUGCCUCGACGCAAAUUCGCACGCAGCCCGCCGUUCGACUUUUGCAAAUCGAUUGAGAGCGUUUCGUAUAACUGAUGCGCGAGAGAAUGAAUCCGAAACGAGAAAUAAUGCUUUCCAUUGCUCUGAACUAACAGUAAAUUGAGACCAUCUGCGACUAAAACAGAGAUGAAGAAGUCAAUCUCUCUCUCACACACACGUACACACGAAAUGAAAACUCACAAAAAAAAAACACUUACAUACACAAACACGCGUUUGAUUUACGAAUUACGAUUAUUAUGUGGACUACACGUCAUCAGGAUUUUGUGAAUGAGAAGGAAAAAUUUUAUGCGGUCACCUUAAACAGCCCAUAAUUAUUAUAGUGUUAAUUUACUGGUAAUAAAAACUAAUAAAGUUCAAGAAACACUGUUAA